AUGGAAAUCUAUGGCAUGAUGAGGGCUCUUGAGUCCGUCCGCGGCUCGAUGGGCCUAAGCAAUGAUCAUCCGCGAGCAAGUCCGCCUCUUAGGAAAAGGCACCGACCUAUAAGAAAAAGUCACUCAGCUGCGCGAGCCAACCCAUCCCCGAACACGCAUACAUUCCGGAUCCAGCGCUCAACGGAGGACGGCGAGCUCUUUCUCUCCUUCCCCAACGGAACGAGUUUCAACCAUCUAUUUGAGAAAAUAGUCAAAGCACUUGAUGGCCUUCGCGAUCUACCCGGCUUUAAGCUGGAUGCCCUGGCGCAGCUUAGUGCGGUUGUUGAUGCUGUGAGAAGAGCGGCCAAGGCAAAGGACGCGAAGUUUCGGGUCAAUGUCAAUGUCUAUGGUCUUGAGAGCAACCGGGAUAAAGUUGGUGGAGAGCUUUCGAGGUCCAAUCUGUUUUGCAGGCUGGAGGAGAUGGAGGAGAGUGAUACCAAGGGGGAAGAGGGAGUUCUUAAGGUCGAGGCUGAGCAGGAGGAAGAGGGAGUUAUGGCCCUGCCUAAACAAGAUCAUGACUUUAAGCAGACAAUAGCCAAGGUCUUUGGGUCUUUACGACACCAAGAGGAAGCCCUCAACUUUGUAGCGCAGCGUGAGACGGGAAAUAUCUCGGAUAAGUACCAUUUAUGGCAGCCAAAGAUGGUAAACGGGGAGAAAGUCUUCCGCCAUGUUAUCACCAACACCACGGAGCGCGAACACCCAGACAAGAGUGACGGGGAAUUUCUUGCUAACAAGAUGGGUAUGGGAAAGCCACCUACCAUGCUUAUUCUUAUAGGAAAGACAAUGCACGAUGCCCGUGAGUGGGUUACCCUAAGCAUCGCAAGAGGCUGCCAGAUACAGCCCUGGCUAAGACCACUUGUCGGGCUAUGCUGGUUGUUGUCCCCUCAAGAGGCUGACACCGUCAGUCACCUCAAAGGCAGCAUGAAGAUCAUGCUUUACUAUGGCCGCUCGCGCAAAGAAGCCCUAGACAGCAGCGAUCGAUUCGAGAUUGUUACCGCAACAUGCAACACCCUCGCCAAGGACGUAUUAACCCAGACUCUCUUAGGCGAAACGGAACUUCCUCGACGAGGAGGCAGAUGCCGGUGCCGUCAGCCACUGGCCGUUAUUUCAAGGGAGAGGAGUCCACAGCAUAUUGAGAAGCGCGGACAUGCUCUGUGCGAGGAUUGCUGCAUGGGCAUUGUACAACGAGCAGAUGGCAGGGUGCACUGCCCGCUAUGCCAGUCCCUCAGACGGCCAAAUUCGGAUAUCCCCCAUGCUCAAGAGCUAUCUCCUGUCGGAAGGCAUAAUCUCACCUACUGGACCCGCACCCUCGACCUUAUAGCGCGCCAUCUCCGUUCUGCGAAAACCCGCUUCCGUCGCAUCGACGGCAAGGCACUUUCCUCGAAGCGCCAACAAAUCCUCGACCGCUUCGAUGGAACGCGUGACGGGACCAGCAACGUUCCCCGUUCUAGUCAUGACAGCCGGAACUGGAGCAUUCGGUCUGAACCCCAGUCGGUGAAUAGAGUGUUUAUCGUUGAGCCGCAGUGGAAUCCAAGUGUAGAGAGUCAGGCUGUUGCUCGCGCUAUCAGAUUGGCUGAUUUCUUUUGGUAG